GAGGCCGCCGCCAUCUCCGGGUGCAGCCGCCCCGAGCGCGGCCGGGCCGGGUUAGCCGGGCCCGCCGUGGGGCCAUGAGGAGCCGCAGCAACUCGGGGGUGCGCCUGGACGGCUACGCCCGCCUGGUCCAGCGGACCAUCCUCUGCCACCAGAACCCAGUGACGGGGCUGCUUUCAGCCGGGGCCGACCAUAAGGAUGCCUGGGUACGGGACAACGUCUACAGCAUCCUGGCCGUGUGGGGGCUGGGGAUGGCCUAUCGGAAGAACGCGGACCGGGAUGAGGAUAAAGCUAAAGCCUACGAGCUCGAGCAGAAUGUUGUGAAGCUGAUGCGGGGACUCUUGCAGUGCAUGAUGAGACAGGUAGAUAAGGUAGAGAAGUUCAAGCGCACUCAGAGUACCAAAGACUGCCUCCAUGCCAAGUAUAACUCUGCAACUUGUGCCACGGUGGUUGGGGACGACCAGUGGGGGCAUCUACAAGUGGAUGCAACUUCCCUCUACCUGCUCUUCUUGGCACAGAUGACUGCAUCAGGGCUACGUAUUAUCUUCACCCUUGAUGAAGUUACCUUUAUCCAGAAUCUUGUUUUUUACAUAGAAGCUGCCUACAAAGUUGCUGAUUAUGGAAUUUGGGAACGUGGUGAUAAGACAAACCAAGGAAUCCCUGAACUAAAUGCGAGCUCCGUGGGAAUGGCCAAAGCUGCUUUGGAAGCAAUUGAUGAACUAGAUCUUUUUGGAGCUCAUGGAGGACACAAAUCAGUGAUUCAUGUUCUUCCUGAUGAAGUGGAACACUGUCAGUCUAUUCUGUACUCCAUGUUGCCAAGGGCAUCCACGUCCAAGGAGAUAGAUGCUGGCCUUCUGUCUGUUAUUUCUUACCCAGCUUUUGCAGUGGAGGAUGUAAACCUUGUUAAUGUAACCAAGAGUGAAAUCAUAUCCAAACUGCAGGGCCGCUAUGGCUGCUGUCGCUUUCUCCGAGAUGGUUACAAGACACCCAGAGAGGAUCCAAGCAGGCUGCACUAUGAUCCUGCUGAGCUCAAGCUCUUUGAGAAUAUUGAAUGUGAGUGGCCAGUAUUCUGGACAUACUUCCUAAUUGAUGGAAUAUUUAAUGAGGACAAAAUCCAGGUACAAGAGUACAGAGAGGCUCUGGAAGGAAUACUUAUUAGAGAGAAGAAUGGAUUAGUGCUAAUGCCUGAACUGUACGCAGUCCCUCCAGAAAAGGUGGACGAGGAGUAUGAAAAUCCUCACUCCGUGGAUCGUGUCCCAAUGGGAAAGUUGCCCCAUCUUUGGGGGCAAUCAUUGUAUGUCCUGAGCUGCCUGUUAGCAGAGGGAUUUCUUGCUGCAGGUGAAAUUGAUCCCUUAAACAGGAGAUUUUCCACGGGAUUUAAACCUGAUGUUGUGGUACAAGUAACUGUUUUGGCAGAAUCUAAUCAAAUUAAGAAUCUGUUGCAAGACCGUGGAAUCAAUGUUCAGAGCAUUGCUGAUAUCCAUCCCCUCAGGGUGCAGCCAGCUCGCAUCCUCAGCAACCUCUACACCAUGUUGGGCCGGAACAAGAACAUGAAAUUAAGUGGCCGACCGCACCGGCACAUAGGAGUGUUGGGCACCUCCAAGCUCUACGUGAUAAGAAAUCAAAUAUUUGCUUUUACCCCUCAGUUUACUGACCAGCAUCACUUCUAUCUGGCUCUAGACAAUCAGAUGAUUGUGGAGAUGCUCAAGACAGAGCUGGCUUACCUCACUUCUUGCUGGAGGAUGACAGGGAGACCAACCUUGACGUUUCCCAUCACCCACACAAUGCUUGUUGAUGAUGGUACUGACAUUCAUCCAGCAGUUCUUGCCACAAUAAGAAAGUUGGAAGAUGGUUAUUUUGGAGGUGCAAGGGUGAAGAUAGGCAAGCUAUCAGAAUUUCUUACCACCUCUUUUCAUACAUAUCUGAGCUUCCUGGAUCCAGAUUGUGACCUAAAACUGUUUGAUGACCAUAAUGACAACUGUAAUAGUCCUGACAGUGAAUAUGGAGACUACCCAGCAGAUUUCUGUGAAAAAGAUAGCCAGGAUGAGCUGGAUCAGUAUAUAAAUGAUGUCCUGCAGAGCACAGCCCUGAAGUCAUACCUUCCUCCAACUUCAAAGACAACAAGUGAACCACCUGUGUUCAGUGCAAAUCAUUCCACAGAAGAGAUACUGUCCAUAAUGGCCAAGACAAAGGGCUUGGAAGUUCCAGCUGUGUCUAUGUCUCUUCCCACUAAAGUUCUGAACACACACCGAAAGUCUCUGAAUCUUGUUGAUAAUCCUCAUUUCUUUGGGACAAAGGACCAUGAAAAUGUUUUGCACUUACCUAAAGAUGCUCAUGGUGAUUUGGAUUGCAGGAAGCUUGUUGAUCAGCUGAAGGAAUGUCCAACACUCCAUGAUCAAGCAGAUAUCUUGUACAUCUUGCAUAUACUCAAAGGUGCUGACUGGGACACAGAGCUGGAUGGACAGUAUGGGGUCACUGUUCACUGCCUCCUCAAUGAGCUCUACAGAAAGGCAGGCCUCAAUCAGGAAUGGGGCUUAAUCCGUUACAUUUCUGGCAUACUCAAAAAGAGAGUUGAAGUCCUGGCUGAGGCAUGCACAGACCUUCUGUCACACCACAAGCAACUUACAGUGGGCCUGCCCCCAGAACCCCGUGAGAAAAUCAUCACCACCCCACUGCCCCCUGAGGAGCUCACAGAUCUCAUUUAUGAAGCCAGUGGCCAAGACAUCAGCAUUGCAGUCCUGACACAGGAGAUAAUUAUGUACCUGGCCAUGUACGUCCGCUCACAGCCCAGCCUUUUUGUGGAGAUGCUCCGGCUCCGCAUUGGUCUGAUAAUCCAGGUGAUGGCCACUGAGCUGGCACGAAGUCUCAAAUGCUCAGGUGAAGAAGCUUCAGAGAGCUUGAUGAAUCUAAGCCCCUUUGAUAUGAAAAGUCUCCUCCAUCAUAUUCUCAGUGGGAAAGAGUUUGGAGUGGAAAGAAGCUUGCGACCUGUAGAUUCUUCUUCAUCCAGCCCUGCAAUUUCUAUUCAUGAGAUGGGGCAUUCUGGAGCAACCAAAACAGAAAGAAGUGGUAUUACUAAAUUGAAGAGUGAGAUGAAGCAGUUCUUUCAUGAGGGGCACUCCAUGUCCAGCAGCAUGUUUGCUUCCACGAGGGGCAGUACUCCAUCCUCUCCCACCAGUUCUUCUCCGACUGGCUCCAGCGGGGACAUGAGCUGGGGUGACAGAAAAGGGCAGUGGCUGCGCAGAAGGAGGCUGGAUGGUGCUAUUAACAGAGUUCCUGUUGGCUUUUAUGAGAAAGUGUGGAAGAUCCUUCAGAAGUGCCAUGGUCUGUCCAUUGAUGGGUAUGUCCUUCCUUCUUCAACCACCAGAGAGAUGACCCCGUGUGAAAUCAAGUUUGCAGUGCACGUGGAGUCGGUGCUGAACCACGUCCCCCAGCCCGAGUACAGGCAGCUGCUGGUGGAGGCCAUUCUGGUCCUGACGUUCCUGUCGGACAUCGAGGUGAACAGCAUCGGGGGCAUCAUCCACGUGGACAGAAUCGUGCACAUGGCCAAUGACCUCUUUCUGCAGGAGCUGAAAUCAUUUGGAGCUACUGGCAGUAUCUUGGAGAAAGACGCAGCCACAGGAAUUUGCCACUUUUUUUAUGAUAGUGCUCCCAGCGGAGCCUAUGGCACCAUGACUUACCUAACAAAAGCCAUAAUAAUUUAUUUACACGAUUUCCUGCCUAGCACAGGCUGUGCAAUGCAGUAAGUGAAGCCUCACAUGGGAGGAAAGGCUCAGAGGUUCUUCCUCCCCCGUUCCCUGUCACAACCCUCUUGGCUGCUGCCUGUGUGUGUGCCAUGCACUCACUCAGCAUUUGGCACUGCUGGGGAUGCUCUGUGCACACCUGCUGCUGGGGACAGGGAGCUGGAAUUUGGCCUGGUUUUAGGAGAGUGUGUGAGAAAUAACAAAUAGUGAGGCUUAUUCUGCCCAAAGUGCAUAAAUGUAAUUCGUAUUAAAUUAGCAAGAAUUAUACAGUUCUGCCAAGGGGAAAACAGAUUACUCUGUGGAGAUCAAAAGGCAUAAUAAAACAAGGGAACUGCAUCUCAGGCAUAGAGUCUCACAAAUAAGGGAAGUGAUGGAAUUCAUUAAUUUUUCUCCUGCUGUGUGUAAAUGUACAUCGUUGUGAAUCACUAAUGCAAAGUGUGAAACAUCCAGGGAAAUGUAAAUUAGAGGAGUAAGAGUAACUUGAAAUAACGUGGUGAUAUUUCUAAUACACUUUUAUCCUGAUUCUCUUCUCAUUUGCACCUAGUCAGUGCAGGGCUAAUGCCAGCAGGGACAAACAUCCUACAAUAUCCACUAAUUUGGGAGGAUAGCCUAUGUCAGGAAGCUGCAUCUGUCUUUAAUCUGAAUAGCUUCCUUCCCUGCUUCCCCAGGACUUUGGAGGCAAAAUCUCAAGACUCUAGCUUCUCCAGUGUGACACUUUUAUGCCUGUAAUCCUUUCCUCUGAAUGGAGCAAGAUAAACCCCAUCCACUUGAGCGCCCUUUCCAAGUCUCCUGAUCAUUUCCCUCACAAACAGCCUCAGAGUUAAGAAUGGCAUAAUUGUGGCUUUUCCAGUGUAGUAUUAGUUUAUGGAAGGCUUUGAUGUUUCUCUUUGUUUUUGUGUGUUUCUUUUUUCCUUUUUUUUUAUUUCCUUUGCCAUUUUUUCUUUCUUCUUUUUAGUUUGAAGUCACAUUGGUCUCAUGUAAUUAGGGGUUGGGCUGCCUGCAAGUCGCCCUGCAGACAGUUCGCAGGUUAAUGCUGUCAGCUGGAAGCUCUGAGGUGCUGCAGGGAGUAGGUGCAUCCUGCAUGGAAAUGACUCCAUGGCCAUUUAAACUGAAAACAGAGUUUGGCAGCCUCUGGAGAGGGAAACCCUGCCUUACCCCAGGCACUGGCUGUGGUUUUCCUUGUGCCUGUGCUGCUGGCUUUGCCACCAGCCACAUGUCAGCAUCUGGCUAACAGCUUAGGAAAGUGGCAGUAGCUUCAGCAUCCCAUGGCCACAGACAGGCUCCCUCAGUAGCACUGCAGCCAUAUGAGCAGAAAGGAUCAGAGCAAUUCUGUCUUGCCAGGUAGAGGUGAAAGGAGCAGAUAGGCCUGUAAAGAUAAGUACUUUCUGAGCUAUAUAAGCCUGGCAGCCUGCCUGCUGUCCCUCUACACAGUCACUGCUGCUAUAGCAGCACCUGGGAACUGACUCAAGAGAGUGGAGGUGUAGGAGGCCUCAGUGUGAGGGGAUUUAAUGUUUUUUCAGAGACCAGAGGAGUUUGGUAGUCCAGAGGACCAGGAGUCCUGUGUUAGCCACCAUGGGAACCAUGGGCCUGUGCAGGGGCCAGUAUAAAGUGACAGUUCAGGUACAAUUAGCACUUGGGUGUGGAAGUUAUUUUAUUGGCGUGGUGCCUGUUUUGUAAGGGUUUGCCUUUGUUAUUAUUUGGUGUGGGUUUUUUAACUUUUUAUAUGUAUUGUGAGAGCUCACUUGGCUCUUUCCCAGUGAAAGGAAGUAAAAUCCUUUGUCUUGUUUAAGCAGACAGUGCAGAGCAAAAGCACAACAAGAGCAAGGUGAUGUUUUUUUAUUUUACCCGGUAUCAUACAAAAAGUAGUAGCAGUUAUUUUUGCUUUUCUUCUUGAAUCCUAGAUUGAGAGAGAUGCAAGAUGAUUUUUUGCUCAGAUUUCUAUUUGAUUUUUUUUAACCUACUGUGUGAAUUUGUUUUCAGAAGAAGGCUGAUGUUUUCCAUGCAGCUACAUUGAAGUCUAAAGCAAUGAAAUGUAUGGCCUAACAUACCUAGACACCCCUUAACACUUCUUUGUUUUUAAAUGGGAGUGUCAUUGGUGUCUUUACCAUCAAAUUCACAGUAUGACCUAGGUUAUGGUAUAUUCAUGAUGAUCACAAUAAAUUACCUCAUGGAAUGCAGGCAAUUGGAAAGUAUUUAUACUCUUCAAAUUUGAAGAGUUUAGGUAUCUGUCUGGUGGUGAAGGGUGGUACUCAAACACAAGGCCAGUGGAAGGCAAACUUAGGUUACUUGCAGGGUCAGGCACAGCUGCACAGGAGCUGGCAGAAUAAGGACCUGUGUCCAGCUCAGAGCUCACACCACAUGCUGGCCCCAGGCCAGUGUCCCCCCUGCUCACACCAUUGCCUUCCCCCUGCUGCUGACAGGGACGUGGGUUUGUCAAACUAAACAGAUCAAAAGUGCCAUUGAUCUCCCUGAGCUGCUGGUCCCACAGGUUACUGUGAAAGCUGAAUGGGUGGAGUACAAAGUUUGUCUGGCUUCUCUCCUGCUAAUUGUACUCUCCUUUCUCAGGAAAAGUCCUGCUUGUUCCUGGAAGGUGCAGGUGAGCCACACAGUCCUUGGCUGCCCUGCAAAGGGGCAGCCACUUUCUGUGGGGUAGUGAAACACCUGGCCUGCCCCAUGUGGUACGGGACACUGCAGGAAUGUGUCCCCCCUCUGGCAGCAGCCAGGCCCUUGAGUGAAGUGAGAGCUUCACUGAGACAGUCCAAGUCCAACCUUGGGCACUUUUUGGAGUGGUUGGCAGGUAGGAGCAGAGUUGGCCAGAAAGCAGGAGAGAGAUGCUGCCAGUGGUGGCAGCUGUAGCUGUAGGGUGAGAGCUUGGCACUCAUCUGCAGGCUGAUUCAGGCACUGCUUAAAGGACCACUCACAUCUGGAAUAUUAAGUGGCUGCUGCACAGAAUCAUGACUAAAAAGAAGGGAUUGAGGAUGUGGGUUAUAGAAGAAGAGCUUCUGCUCAAACAGUUUGGAUUUAAGUACAAGCAGCAGGGCUUUUUCCCCACUCCCAGUUUCAGUCGCAAGUGGCAUUUAUUCCCAGCGUUAGAUGUUUCACAGUUACUCCCCAUGCCACUCCCCUUCUGUCAGGGGCCAGGGGCCCUUUGUGCCACCAGCAGCUGACAGGACAGGCUUUCUGGUUUGGCUCAGUGAUUCAGUUCCUCUCAUACCUCAGUCCUGCAUCCCCAAAAGGCUCUCACUGCCUGCUGAGUGAAGCUGUGCUGCGACUGUAGCUUGGCAUCCCCUCUCAGGAAGUAGUCCCUCGAGGCCAGUCCUCUUCAUGCCAGGUUCAGGAAUGUGUCCUUAGUGGGGGACAUCCACACUGGAGGCUGCCAGCCAUCCUUCAGAGCUCCUGUGUCUCACUGUACAGCCUGGCUUUGUCCUCUUUACUGGGGCAGGUGGCAAAGGGGGACUCCGGAGCUGCAGUGUCCAGUCCCACCUUGUCACUUCACACCCACUGCAUGGAAGCCAACAGUGGGAAGCAAGAUCCCACCACACACAGAGGUGUUUGCCCAUUGUAAGUGGAGCCAUUUUGUAACUCCACUGGAAUAAGGUGGGACUGAUCAUCACAGUGCAUAGAUCAGAAUGCUAAAAAUAUACAUUGUGUAUUACCAACACCAUUAAAGUUUCAAUGUAAAUUU